AUGCUAUAUCACGAUUUUGAAAAACAACAAAAAUUGGUACGUGACCAUUCAUGUCCACGGACGCAACUCCACCAACGACUUCUAGAAUAUACAUCCGAAGUUACUGGAUGCAUACAAUCCUCCCUUACCAAUCCACAACCUUUCGUGCCGUACCAUUUUCCCCACUCUUCGUUAGCGGAUAAAACGCAAUGGAUUUUAUUUCAAGUUAGAAUAUUCGACGAUGAAAUUCUGAAACAUGAUAUCUCUACUGUCACCACCGCAUUUAAUAGUCCUAAUCAAUAUAUAUUCAUAAAUGUCUCCUUGAAGUCGGAUUUCGCCGAAAUUGUAGCAAACACAAUCGUCACCAAAAAGGCUCAACCUAAUAGAAAUUAUGUAGUGGGAGAAUUUGUUUCUCUCACUUUUUUGGGUCAUAUUUAUAGAGUUAUUAAUCAUGGUCUCGAAUAUAAUAGCAAAAUUCUAUGCGAAAUCACCGAGUUCGAAACGACUAACCAACUACGCAUAUCUGGCCUAAUAUCGGCUCGUCCCAUACCACGCAUAUUAUACCCCAAUUGCGACUCAUAUGUAUAUAAACUAGGCAUAGAGGUCUCUUUUCAAUACGGUGCCAUUAUCUACAAUAUGCUUAAUCAUCGGCGUGUGACCUUGAGGGAUUGGGUUUUGCAGAAGAUUGAAGAGAGGAAUUUAAAUCGUUUUGUCAGGAUCAGAUAUGACGGGUAG